AUCGCCACCCUGUCAGGGUGACGUGGAGUUACAAUUUGUGUUUUGGUUUUCUCGUUAAUUCCUUUAAUUAAACGAUCUGUGCAUUGGUUAAGAUCAUAAGUAGUAUUCAUACUUAUAGCCAUCAUGGCUACAUAUGAAGAAUACAUUCAACAGAAUGAGGAUCGAGAUGGUGUAAGGUGUACUUGGAAUGUUUGGCCCUCAAGUAGAAUUGAGGCAACCAGGCUAGUGGUGCCACUGGGUUGCUUGUACCAACCCAUCAAGGAACGCCCGGACUUGCCUCCCAUUCAAUAUGAUCCUGUACUAUGUACUAGAAACAAUUGCAGGGCAAUUUUGAAUCCAAUGUGCCAGGUUGACUAUAAAGCGAAAUUGUGGGUGUGCAAUUUCUGUUUCCAACGAAAUCCAUUCCCACCUCAAUAUGCUGCAAUUUCUGAGCAACAUCAACCCGCUGAAUUGAUGCCUGGAUUUUCAACUAUUGAAUACACCAUCACAAGGGCACAAUGCAUGCCUCCAAUUUACCUUCUUGUUGUUGAUACAUGCAUGGAUGAUGAUGAGCUGGGCGCGCUUAAAGAUUCUCUUCAGAUGUCUCUGAGCUUGAUGCCUCCAAAUGCUCUCAUUGGUUUGAUAACCUUUGGUAAAAUGGUUCAAGUGCAUGAAUUAGGUACUGAAGGAUGCAGCAAGUCUUACGUGUUUCGCGGUACUAAGGAUUUAACAGCGAAACAAAUACAAGACAUGUUGGGUAUUGGAAAGGUUGGAGCUGCUCCUGCACCUCAGCAGCAGCAAAUGCGUCCUGGACAGCAACAGCAGCAGAUGGUUCCUGCUGCUAAUAGAUUCUUGCAACCGCUUUCGAAGUGCGACAUGAGCUUAACCGAUCUGAUUGGAGAACUUCAAAAGGAUCCGUGGCCAGUACCGCAAGGUAAAAGGUCGUUAAGAUCUACAGGAGCUGCUAUGUCUAUUGCUGUUGGAUUACUGGAGUGCACUUAUGCCAACACUGGCGCUAGAAUUAUGAUGUUCCUGGGUGGUCCAUGCUCUCAAGGUCCCGGUCAAGUGGUCAAUGAUGAUCUAAAACAGCCUAUCAGAUCGCAUCACGAUAUCCAUAAGGAUAAUGCGAAAUACAUGAAGAAGGGCAUCAAGCAUUACGAAGGCUUAGCUAUGAGAGCCGCAAGUAACAGCCAUUGCGUUGAUAUUUACUCUUGCGCUUUGGAUCAAACUGGUUUGAUGGAGAUGAAACAAUGUUGUAACUCAACUGGUGGACAUAUGGUAAUGGGAGAUUCGUUCAAUUCUUCGUUGUUCAAGCAGACAUUCCAACGAGUAUUUGCCAAAGAUCCAAAGGGAGAUCUUAAGAUGGCUUUCAAUGCAACACUUGAAGUGAAAUGUUCUCGUGAACUUAAAAUUCAAGGCGGUAUCGGAUCAUGCGUUUCUCUUAACAACAAGAGUUCUUUAGUUUCUGAUACCGAGAUAGGCAUGGGCAACACUGUUCAGUGGAAGAUGUGCACUUUGAAUCCUAGUACUACAAUAGCCUUGUUCUUUGAAGUGGUCAAUCAGCAUGCCGCACCUAUACCACAGGGAGGACGCGGUUGCAUCCAGUUCAUAACGCAAUACCAGCACGCCAAUGGCCAGCGUAAGAUUAGAGUUACUACUAUUGCAAGGAACUGGGCGGAUGCUACUGCAAAUUUACAUCAUAUCAGCGCUGGUUUCGAUCAGGAAGCUGCAGCAGUUUUAAUGUCGCGUAUGGUUGUAUACCGCGCGGAAUCGGACGAUGGUCCAGAUGUUUUGAGAUGGGUCGACAGAAUGUUGAUUCGAUUGUGCCAGAAGUUCGGAGAAUACAACAGAGACGAUCCAAACAGUUUUAGAUUAAGCGAAAAUUUCAGUUUGUAUCCGCAAUUCAUGUACCAUCUGCGUAGGUCACAGUUUCUGCAGGUGUUCAAUAAUUCACCCGAUGAAACUAGCUACUACAGACAUAUGCUGAUGCGCGAGGACUUAACACAAUCCUUGAUCAUGAUUCAGCCAAUUUUGUAUAGCUACAGUUUCAACGGGCCACCAGAACCCGUUCUGCUUGAUACGAGCUCAAUCCAACCAGAUAGAAUUCUACUCAUGGACACAUUUUUCCAAAUACUCAUUUUCCAUGGAGAGACUAUUGCUCAAUGGCGUAACUUAAAAUACCAAGAUAUGCCCGAAUACGAGAACUUCAGGCAACUUUUACAAGCGCCAGUUGAUGACGCUCAGGAGAUUUUGCAAACUAGGUUCCCUAUGCCCAGAUACAUUGACACUGAACAAGGUGGAUCACAGGCCAGAUUCUUGUUGUCUAAAGUCAACCCAAGCCAAACACACAACAAUAUGUAUGCCUAUGGAGGGGGAAUGCCCGGCACAAUGACAUCAGUGGAUGGUGGUGCUCCGGUCCUCACAGACGACGUGUCUCUGCAAGUAUUCAUGGAUCACUUGAAAAAGCUAGCAGUAUCCUCAACGGCAUAAGCGUAGAGUUAUAUUUUAAAAAUAAAUUUAUAUUUUCCCCCCCUC